GUAUACAGUGUUACUAGCAUCAGCACAGUUUCUAUAAGAUACCUAGAUCAACAUCAUUUAUAUUAACGCAAUGAUGAAAGCGCAACCGGAGCUAACCACCCCCACCGCAUGUAGUCAACGCCGCAUAGCCAUAGCCGUUGACCUGAGUGACGAGAGUGCCUUCGCUGUUAAAUGGGCCGUCAACAACUACCUCCGUCCCGGCGACACCGUCAUCCUCCUCCACGUCCGUCCCACCUCCGUUCUCUACGGUGCCGACUGGGGGGCCACGCCGCCGGAGCCAGCAAACUUGCAAGACAAGCAACAACUCGAAGACAGCUUCGACAACUUGACGAGCUUGAAAGCAGCUGAGCUGGCUCAGCCUUUGGUCGAGGCUGACGUGCCUUACAAGGUUCAUAUUGUGAAGGACCAUGAUUUGAAGGAGAGGUUGUGUUUGGAAGUGGAGAGGCUGGGGUUGAGUGCGGUGAUUAUGGGGAGUCGAGGGUUUGGUGGUGCGAGAAAGAGUGGGAGAGGAAGGCUUGGGAGUGUGAGUGAUUACUGUGUGCAACAUUGUGUGUGUCCUGUGGUGGUGGUGAGGUAUAGUGAGGGAGGUGAGGGGAGUGGUGAUGGGGCGGCGUUUAGUGGUGGCAAAGCGGCGAAGGUUAUGGCGGAGGAGGUGCUGUUGAAUCCUGUGCCUGAGGAGGAGGUUGAGUACUGCGGAGAUGAUGAUGAAGGUCAUUCAGAAAUUCAUGACAAUGGCCACAAAAGUGGUAUACAGGCAUGAAACGGCAAACACAGAGGAAGGAGUAGUGGUUUCUUUUCCAGAAAAAUAAGGAGGUGCAAAGGGUAACAGAUGGUGAUAUGCUCUAUAUGUUCUUCUGUUAUGCUGUUAUUCAGCCAACGUCUGGGAGUUAGGAGAUUAUGGCAUGUAAAGUAAUCAGAAAAAGUGUAAAGCUCGAUAAACUGAUAAAAUUGUAAUUAGUAACUACUCCUGAUCACUUAACCAAUCUUUUCUCGUGUGCAAAUAUUUACAAGUUGUGUGACA